CCCCUUUCGUCCAGUCCGCAGGGACCCUCUCGUUAGUGCAGUUGGGAAUUGGCAAUGUAGCAGAGUGCCGUGUGCCUUGUAGUCUGGUGCUAUUGCGCUGUUCCCGUGCGAGUGUGCUUACAUCUUCAGCCAUGGCAAUGCGAAGGAGUCUGCCAACCCUGCGACCUAUCGUCAGCGCGUCGUUGUCUGGAGCGGAGCGGAUGGCUCACCCUCCUCGCUCCCUGCGGGGUAGCGGUUGCAGCGGCGGCGUCCGCGGCGGGGGGAGAAAUUGGAGGGUUUUGUUGCCGACCGGAAGAGGCGUAGAGGGUGCGGGGGUGAGGGGAUUUGGCGUCGUCGACUCAGUCCAGGACAAGAUAAUCAACAGGAACACCGCGAAGCAAGAGAAGCAGUUCAAGGAACAGAUGAAGGAGCUGUCCUUGAAGGAGAGCUUCGACCUGGAUGACUUCGCCAAGAUCAUUGAGGAGCCGCUCGACAAGUUUUCGGCGAAGCUUCCGUGGAACAAGGGACGAGAGGAGCUGCAGGCCAUGAAGAUGCAGAAGAAGGUCCUGGAAGGGCUCACGCCCCUGCAGAGAAAAAACCCAGAGUCCAUCCGGCACGGACACCGCCAGCGCAUCGCCGCCCGAGCCGGAGUGACGACGGAAGACGUGAACAAAGCCCUCGCCGCUUACCGAGAGCUGAAGGCCAUGCACGGCUGGCUGUCGACGAGGCGGAAGAGGAAGGAGAGGAUCCCCACCACACAGGAGGAGCUGCACGUUCUGGCCACCGACCCGUCCGGGACAAUGCUCGUGAACUUCAUGAAAGUCAAGAGGAGCAACUCCGGAAAGCCCAGCUUCGCCUUCUGAUUGGGCAAAAAAAAAUCAGGACAGCGAUGCUGAUUGGUCGAGAGCGUCUUGCGUGGAGAAGCGCUCUGGUCGGACGAGAAGAAUUUUCCCGGUUUCGGGCUGAGGAACUGCCUAAUUUGCUACCUGAACCCCUUCGCAGAAGCGACUGGUUUCUUCACGAAAUGAUGGGCUACAGUUGUAUGUAGAUGAGAGACCGCACUCGAUGUGCUUCCCCUGAUCUGACGUGAUUCCCUGACGGAUCGAGGAGGCUCGAAGUUCUGCUGUAGAUGUGCUGCUGCGUCGAGGAGCCUUGGCUGUGUCUCUGUUUCUUUUUUUAUUUCAAUAGAGCGAGCAUUUCGUGGAUGGUGAACGUUUUUUGUCUAGGUCAGCGCUUUCCGUCCUGGGUUCAGGUCUCCCAUGUCUCUCUCCGCCCGAUGCCUUCUGAGAAGUGUGUGUGGUUUUGAUGCGUACGGUAGAAGACUUGCCCGCUUCCUCCAUGAAGGAAGUUUUUUUUUUCGUACACAGCGGCAACGAAUAAAAUGUCGCUAAACUAGCGCGAGGCCUCAGGGGAAGCGGGCGCGGUCGGUGGACCCCCCGCCCCCCAGUGCUGUGUCCCUGUCUUUUGCAAUCUACGAAGUAGCUUGUCAUUGGUUUCGCGUGCACUUGAUCCUUUCCUGUUUUCGAGGCAGAGCACCGUGCGUCUUUACUCCUACUAGAACAAACAAACGCGUUCGACACGUUGGCUCACGCGGGGGAAGGGGCGCAUGCCAUCUAGAGUCGUUCCCGUGUUCCAGUCGCUUCGCUUUCUCUUUUGUCUUGUCUGGUUCGUUCGAUAGGGGUGGGGUUUUGGCGGGACCUUCUCCCUGCCGCCAAAUGGGGGGUGUGGUGCAAUAGGACGCCUCUCGAGUGUCUUCACAGAUGGCUCGGUUGAGGUACAGUCGACUCGUGAGCGAAACACGUGAUAAUGUACAUCAGGUCAAUAAGGGGUAUCGCGACGCCUCUCGCUCAGUGUCGGCAGGGCAUGGCGAGGCAAGAUCAGACUUGGUCAACAACAACGUGAUGAGGUGUUCGUCUGGCUUGCGUGUGGCAACAAAGCGACGGUGUUCUUAGCAGUCGCAUGGUGAGUGCACGGCUUCAACCGCCU